CAUUAAAUUGAUAUCUAUAUACAUAGAGAGAGAGGGGGGGAGAAUGAAUAGACACUAUCUAUAUCUAACUAUUUAGAUAUAUACGCGUGCCUAAGCACUUCUUUAUCGAUUAAUUGUAUUUAAACAAAGUGCUUCAUUUUGAAUCAUUGAAUAGAGAUCUAAGUGAAUAGUAAUCACAGUUGAAUAAGAGUUCUUUAUCAUAAAUUGAAAUUUGAAAUCAACUAAGGAAAUGAUUGUUAAUUGAUUUUAACAUUAAAAACAAAACUAAACAAUCAAACAUUCAUUUUCAUAGAUUCGUUUUAAACAAAUCGAGAACCAGGAAAUCAGAAAGGGUACUUGAUUUUAUCUUAUAUUGAUCUUAUAUUGUAUUAUUAUUCAUUAUGAAUAACAUACAACAAAUGAAUUCAAUGAAUUCAUGGUCAACACAUCAUCAUAAUCAUCAUCAUUAUCGUAAUGCAUUAUUUAAACAACUUACUGAUAAUCUUCUAACUUCAACAAAUGAUUUAGAUUCUAGUUCAAAUGCAACUAUAAACGAUAAAAAUGGUGGUGUUUCACCUCAUUGUGAUAUUAAAUUAAACAUUCAGCAAGUGUUAAAUGAAGAAAAAUCUAUUCAGACAGGGACAGGACUCACAACAUGUGCGUCAACUUUUACCACUGGACGACCAUGUCUAGCUGGUACUCAAACACUGAAGCACCAGUUAACUAAAAAUCAGGAAACUAAUCUAGACAUGACAAAUACAAGUAUUCUUAGUAUGAAUGCAAGUGACUUGACACAAGACUCUAGUGGACUAGGGUCCAUGAUUUCUGAACAUUGUAACACGAGCAAUAUUUCAGGUUAUUUCAAGGAUGGAGACCGGUCUGACUCACAUUUACACUGGCCUAAUCACAGUCUUAUAACUUUAGAUGAGGAUACAAGCGAUAUGAGUUUGGAUAAGAGUGAUGAUUAUACAAACGGGCCAUGUGAUAAUAACAGAGAAGCUCCAAUCAUCAAAACAGAAUAUCCACAUCUUGAAUCUCAAAUAAAAUCUCCCGUGUUGGCUAUGCGAACUUCACCAUCUAGCGAAGGAAAAUCCGCCAUUCAAUAUGGUUCUGGUGAUGAAUUUGACUAUGACACAAUGGUUGCUCAAACACGAAUGAUCGCUAAUCGGGAUUUUCAGACAAUGGAUGAGAAUUUCGCAUCAGUGGCACGUUACGUUGAAGAGUUGACAGGCUGUAAAGAGUUGAAAAAAACAAAUAACACAAAGGAUAGCCAGAUUACAAAGGUUUCGUCCACUAGUAGACAAACAACUCUAGGCAAACCACAGCAUCAUCAUUACCAGCACCAUCACAACCAACAGCAACAACAACAGUGUGUGACUCAGUCAAUGGGCUCAUCACCUGUCGGCUCUGCUCGUCAUCAACAAGAUUAUCAACUUCUCAAGUUACAACAGCUGCAACAGCUCUACCAAAAACUUAUUUCUUUACCAUCAAUGAAGCAUCCGAAAGUUGAUGAUAAAAGUUCGACUGAAUUAAUAACUCAAGAUUUACUCUUGCGUCUUUUGACAAAUCAGAACAUUAAUGAAUCUCUAUUGAGUAAUCUCCUACCAAGUGUUGAGACGAUUUUUGAAAAGAAUAAUCGAAGAUCUUCAUCAACAAUUGGUCAGAAUUGUAAACAAUUUGGUAUUUCAACAAAUCAGUUGCCUAGAAAUAACCGAAGAGUUGCACUAAGUGAUUUAACUUCUUAUGAUGAAUGUCUUCUCCGUAGUAUCCUGUCUAAUACACCUCAUACAUCAAUGCAGAAUAAUUCAGCUGGAAUUCAUCCUAAUAAUAUGCAGGCGUUCCAUCACAAUAAUGAAAGUUUGAUGACUAAUAUCCACAAUAGACGAUCUAAUCCAAUACAGAAUUCGUUGUUAUCUUCAAACUGUAACCAACUGGUUAAUCUAAUCUCACAGCUGGAUACUAAUGCUGUGAAAACCGAUUUGCUUUCCCAAGCAGCACCUAUGAAUACAAAUACUAUGGCUUUAUUAGCCAGUUUAUUGAAUACUACCCAGUCUCAGUCGAAUUCACCUGUUAUUAACACCAGUUCUACGCCACAAGAACAACAUAAUAUGCUUUAUAGUCUUUUAGCAAACCAGUUGUCCAGUUUUCAGUCCGAUUCUGCUUUGAACAAUAAUAAUGCAAACAUCUCACAACUACUUCAUGAACGUGCAUCAAAAGAGCGUGAAACAAACUUACUAAACUCCAUACUUCUGAAAUCUGAGUGUCAAGGAGAUAAUAUUUCAUCUUCUCCACCUUCAUCUUUGCAGCGUCGUCAAUACACAUUAUUUGAUAGUAGUUUGACAGAAGAACUUUCUCAGUUGGCUUUGCCUUAUCAAAAGCUCAUGAGUUCAUUCGAAAAUGACAUCGACAAAGCGGCAAAUGUUUAUAGAAAUUCUGCAAGUACAGUGGCUCAGACAAGUGAAGCAGCUUAUCACUGGUCAGGAAAACUGCCAAUUCGAGUCCACCGAUCUAUGACCUUCUCUCGGAAAGUAUUUCUUGGCGGGGUUCCUUGGGACAGCACAAGUGAAGAAUUGAUUAGGGCUUUCUCUCGAUUUGGUAACGUCAGUGUUUGCUGGCCACAAAAGGAGGGAUCAAGCUCUAGUAAUACACAUCUCAAAGCCCCAUCAACUAAAGGUAGGUAAUUUGAAUACAAAAACUCAGGUAAUCUGAACCUUUUAUCUGCUUUACUUUAUUGAAUGAACAUUUUAUUAAAAUUAUUAUUCUAGGUUACUGUUAUCUGAUAUUCGAACAUGAAGUCUCUGUAACUGAACUGCUUGCGAACUGCGUUCAUAACCCUACAACAGGUGGCGAAUAUUAUACGAUAUCAAGUCCUAAAUUCAUAUCCAAGGAUGUUCAGGUUAUACCAUGGGUCAUCAGUGACAGUCAGUACACAAAAUCAACUCCCAGCUCUUCGGAUAUCAAGAGGACUGUGUUUGUUGGAGCGCUUCACGCUUUGAUUACAGCAGAAAUAUUAGUAACAAUUAUGAACGACUUAUUUGGAAAUGUUAUUUUCGCUGCUUUGGAUACAGAUAAAUACAAAUAUCCAAUAGGUAGGUGACUGUAUGGUAUAAGUUAUAUAUAAACAUCUAUUUGUCUCCAAAUUCAUACAUUAUUAUUAGUCAUUUCAGCAUUUCGACGUUCCAUUAAACAUGUUACCAAGUACCAAAAUACUUAUCAGUACCCCAUAGUUUAAAUUCAAAUUAUGGACGACCUUUAAGCGACGCCAAAGUGACCUUGAGAGUGUCUAUCUACUUAGUAGGGCUAAAUGAGGGUUAUAAAGCAGUUUGAAAAAUAAGGAUUAUGAUUCACAGUUGAUGGUUAAGGUUAAGAAUUAGAUUUACUGUUUUUCAUCAUGAAGUAACAUUAGGUAAAAUGCCACGACGCUAUCUGACCAAAUGAGUAAAUGAAUUUCACGCUAAAAUGCAAGACUUGCUAUCCUAAAUCUGUUUGGUUCAUCCAUAAAUUAUAGUCUCACCACAACCCAAUUAAAGUUGGUAAUACAUUUUGAACAACCAAGUUUUCUUAAUUAGUGUCCAGAAUGUUCGAAAUAACCAAAACAUUUUUCUGAUUAUUCCAUGUUACUAAGGAAAUACUGAAGCAAACAAAAAAAUUUUCAAUAAGUCACGCAAAUUAAGGCCAAGGUAACCGAGUUAAAAAGGAGUAAAUUACGUAAGUUCAAUUGGUUUUGUAUUAGGAAUGAUUAUGUGAAGUUUGUCGUCUGUUAAUCACUAAACAAAUGAAAUAUCUCAUUCACUUGUUAUAGUGAAUGAACCAUUAAGAAUAAUCUGUCUGUCUGAAAAUUGUGCAAACAUACUAAUCAAAAAUGUAUGUCGGCUUCUUCUUUUCAAACAGAAAUAAUCAAAUGGUGGAAGUGAAUUUUUCAAAGAUACCAGAGAUAUUUUUUCUUAUAUUUUUGUCGUGAUAGACGGAAUAUGUACUUCAGAAAGAAAUAAGAAGGAUUAUACUUUAAGGAGAUGAGAUAAUUUGCCCUUGGUUAUUUUCUUAUCAGUAGCUGUAAUGCAAUAGUUGGAGGUCUAGAUCAAUAAAAUGCAGGUUUAAAGUCAACAAAUAAAAUCUAUUUAACCACCUCCCACCAAGUCAAUAAGUUUGUUUCUAAGGCAAAUAUACUAGCUUUAAACAUUUGAUUGGAGUGGAUUAACUUGUCUAUCUUGUAUUGAUUUUUAUAUAUUUAGGUUCUGGGAGAGUGAUUUUCUCUAGUCAUAAAAGUUACAUGAAAGCGAUAACAGCCAAUUUUGUGGAUAUUCGUACUUCGAAAUUUAUUAAAACUAUUCAAAUAGAUCCUUAUUUAGAAGAUGCUGUUUGUAAUAGUUGUCUCUCAUAUCCUGGCAUGUACUUUUGCAGAGCAUUUGAGUGCUUUAAUUAUUUUUGUCCAGCAUGUUGGCAUAUGUGGCAUAAUUCAACGGAAACAUUGUAUACACACAAACCUUUGAGGAGAACAUUUAAACCGAACAUUGAUCGGCAGUGGCAAACUGGUGUGGUUGUAACGACGACGACCACGACGACGACGACGAUGACAACGGCAGCGACAACAGUAUUGGCAACGACAACAACAACAACGACACAAAGUAGAUUUUAGUGAAUAAAUCUCUAAUGUUAUAAUAUGAUCAAUCCAACAUGAUCACCGUUAUUUAUUGUAACCACUUAAAGUUUUGAUCAUCUAAUUCCGUCUUUAACAGUUUUUAUUAUGCAUACAUAAAUAAUUUAGCUCUGUAUCCCUUUCUGUUGUUUAACCUCCCUUUGAUGAAUUAAUAUGGAUUCGGAUACACUUUAUACUACUGUUAUUCUUUACUCAAGUUUAAUAUUUUAAAAUGUUUUAGUAUGAUCGUAUAGAGAAAGUAAUAAUGAUUAUAACAAUUCAGUUAUACACAAUGUUCACCUCUUCAAUGAUUAGUGCAUGGUAUUAAUAAUAAUUAUUAUUAUAAUAAUCCACUUCUAUAAUAUUCCACUUCUAGUCUUUAUCACUUUUUUAUAAUAACCAUUUUUGUUUCGUCCUUUUUUUUCCUGGAAUUUUUAAUAAACACACACACAGACCAAUUCGCUCUUCUUUUUAAAACAAUAAUAUGAUUGUUGUAUUGAUGUAUGUCAAUUCUCAUCUAGUUACUAUUUGUCAUAUGAGAAAAGUUUGUUAAAUCAUCUUAUUGUUCGAUUUUGUCAAUAAAAUUACUUUUAAUGAAUUGG